CCCACUUUCUUCGCACCACGGUCACACUGAAAUUGUUGUACCCAACCGAGAUAUUGAUUUUUGGAGGAAAAACGCGACCCCAAAAACGCCCCCGCCCCCGCCGCGCGCACGACGUGUAGUAGUAGUAACGAAGCGACGACACACCACACACACGGUCCUUCAAACAUUACGCAGCCCCAAGGUUCCGCGGUCCGUUACGUUCUGGAAAAAAAUCGAAUCCGAAGAAAGCAGCGGGCAGAACGUGCCGAGCAAGCGAAGCGAGUGAAAGUGCCAGCGGAGAAGUAGAACUCGAAAUUAAUAGUCGUUCCCGUACUCUAAUCAGCAUUUGCGCCACAGCUUCCACGAAGGCAUCGCGGCGCAGAAGAGCCACCCAGCAAAAGCGGGGGAGAAGAAGGGAAUACCCAAACGAAAAGGUACCACAAGGUAGCAGCACCACCCGCGCAGCUCAGCAGCAGAGACGCCAGCAGCGGCAGCGGCAGCGCAGCAGGAGGAAAAGCGAGGAGAGGAAAAGUGCACGACGCCCACCGCGUCUUUGGCCCCCACUGGAAAGCCAGUGAUUGCAACACCACCUCCACACCACAUCCCCCCGGCGAGCAGGAAAAACCAGCAGCAGCACCAUGGCUUUCGCCGGACUAAAGAAGCAGAUCAACAAGGCCAACCAGUACAUGACCGAGAAGAUGGGUGGCGCCGAGGGCACCAAGCUGGACAUGGACUUCAUGGAGAUGGAACGCAAGACGGACGUCACCGUGGAGCUGGUUGAGGAGCUGCAGCUGAAGACGAAGGAGUUCCUGCAACCGAAUCCCACGGCGCGGGCCAAGAUGGCCGCCGUGAAGGGCAUCUCGAAGCUGUCGGGUCAGGCCAAGUCCAACACGUACCCGCAGCCGGAGGGGCUGCUCGCGGAAUGCAUGCUGACUUAUGGGAAGAAGCUCGGCGAGGACAACAGCGUGUUCGCGCAGGCGCUCGUCGAAUUCGGCGAGGCGCUGAAACAGAUGGCCGACGUCAAGUAUUCGCUGGACGACAACAUCAAGCAGAACUUUUUGGAGCCACUGCACCAUAUGCAGACCAAAGACCUCAAGGAGGUAAUGCACCAUCGCAAGAAGCUGCAGGGCCGGCGGCUGGACUUUGACUGCAAGCGUCGCCGGCAGGCCAAGGACGAUGAGAUUCGGGGUGCCGAGGACAAGUUUGGUGAAUCGCUCCAGCUGGCUCAGGUUGGCAUGUUCAAUCUGCUCGAGAACGACACCGAGCACGUGUCCCAGCUGGUCACCUUCGCCGAGGCACUCUACGACUUUCACUCGCAGUGCGCCGACGUACUACGCGGCCUGCAGGAGACGCUGCAGGAGAAGCGCUCCGAGGCGGAGAGCCGGCCACGCAAUGAGUUUGUGCCCAAGACGCUGCUCGAUCUGAACUUGGACGGCGGUGGCGGCGGCCUCAACGAAGAUGGCACGCCGUCUCACAUUAGUUCGAGCGCCUCGCCGUUGCCCUCGCCGAUGCGCUCGCCCGCCAAGUCGAUGGCCGUAACGCCGCAGCGCCAGCAGCAGCCCUGCUGCCAGGCCCUCUACGAUUUCGAGCCGGAGAAUCCCGGGGAGCUGGGCUUCAAGGAGAACGACAUCAUAACCCUGUUGAAUCGCGUCGACGAUAACUGGUACGAGGGAGCGGUGAAUGGCCGCACCGGCUACUUCCCGCAAUCCUACGUCCAGGUGCAGGUACCGCUGCCCAAUGGCAACUAAAGCGUAGGAUCCUGUCUCCCAACCGCUACCGCUACUCCCAUCCCAAUUAUCCUCCCAUAUCCUAUCAAAACUGAGCUGAAAACGUACGUAGAGAUCGCGGAAGGGAUUGGAGAACAAUAAUGUUGGUUUCGCCGCCAUCAGAGGCGCAGCAGCGGCGCACAUGCAAGCAUAUAUAUAUAUAUAGUAUAUAUAUAUACAAAUAGUUGAAUUAGAAGAGCGGGUUACUACGGAUUACGGAUUACGAUAUUACGAAUUACGGCUUAGCUAGCACACAGAGCAGCACGUUGCGGCUAAAAUAUUCUUGGUGGCCAUACAGCAAGCUAACUAAAUUUUAUGUGCGACAAAUUUUACCAGUUGGCAACACAAUAAUUAACAAAUUAAAUUACGAGUUAAAUUAAUGUACUAUACGUAUGUAUAACUAACUAAAUUUACGAGAAAUGUUACGCGCCCCAUAAGCGACUUCCUUGCGUUUUCAAUUUUGAUUCUCAAACAGAAGCAGCAGCAGCAGCAGCGUCUUAGUGCUAACUAACUCCACACAAUAGAUCAGCCGCCGUUCUAUUAGCACACGUAUUAGAACAGCUGGUCGAAAGCAAAGCAACCACUUAGCCAAUUAACUAACUACCCAUACUUUAACUUAUCGAUCACGGGUCUCUUUCUUUCGAUCUUAUUAUGCCCCUAUGUUGUUCCUUCCGGUCUCAUUGUUGUAAUUUAAGCCAACUUACCUUACCUACACCAAAGCGCUCUCUAAGCUGAGUCCCUUGAAAGGCUAUAUAAUGUUCAAGAUGCGUAACGGGGUAGAAGGGUAGAAUGAAGGCACUACGCAUCUUGCAGCUUAUAUUGUCUUGGCAAAUAAGGCUAUUAUGCUACCUAUCCACAUCAUACGCCCCGCAUAUAAAUAUAUAUUUAUUGUAUACCCAAGAAUACCUAUACCUACUCUACCUACGUAUAUAUAUUUGUGCGAAAACAAUACUCCCCACACUCUAUUCUAACGUUCUCUCGAUGUUCGUUGUAAAAUUGUAAAGAAUACUUCGGAAAUUCUAAUUCAAAAAAUGAUGGAGACAAGCGAGAAAUUUUUAUCCUACUUUUUGCUCCUUUUUAUGUGUGUUGUUUUUUUUGUUAAUUAUAUACAUAACAAAACUAUAUAUUAAAUGAAAUCAAAUAUAUAUAAAUAUAUAUAUAUUUAUUAAGCGUAUUAUCUACAUGUAUAUUUAUUAUUAUGUAUUUAUUAUAAAUUAUACUGAGCAGCAACAUAAUGAAGUAAAUACGAAACCAAUAUUAAAGUAUAUGAAAGCAAAGUAAUGAUGUAACAGAAUCCUCCUAAACAAUACCAACAAGCAGCAUAACUCUAGUUAAACGAUUUCCAGACAAAAUGUUGAUAAUAAUAAACGUAAACGUAAGCGAAACCAGUCAAGUCAAUCGAAGAAGCAUAGCAACAACACUUACAAAAACCUACUAACUAAAGCGUUUACUAACCGCAACUCUAGAUCAAAUAUUUAUGUAUUUAAAGAGGAACCCGAGAAAAACAAAAACGAAAUAAACAAACAGACGAGAAAUGCUAUAAAAAUAUUAAAAUAGUCUCAUGUUGGCAUAUAAACGAAACAAGCAUAUAUCACCGAUGUUCCCGUUUUCGAUUCCGAUCAAAUGAUGUGGAAAUCGGUAUUCAUCAUAAAAGCGUUUCCAUUGAUAAUUAUCUAAAUCGUUAAUUCAAUUUAAAUACUCCGAUUUUAAAUAAGAAAAACAUUUGAAAAUUAUUGCAAAAACCAAAAAGAUCUUUCCUACAAAUUCCGAUUCCCCCAAUUUAGAUUGGAAUGUCAGCGGGAACAGGGCCGUAUAAAAGUAAUAUAUACACAGAUAUAUACAGAAAGCGAAAUUGAAUUGAAAUCCAUGCAACUUGUGUUGAUAAUAAAUUAGUUAAAAGCCGAAAAGGCGACGAAAACAAUUUAACAGAAUUAUAUUUGAGAGCGAAGAUGAAACAUUUGCCCCCGGCCAGACCGAACAUUUCCAGAGGGGCCCCAUCUGGGGACCCUCAGCAUCGGACUUAUCUGGACAAUAUCGACGCAGUGACGAGGGCCGAAGAAGUGUAAACAAUAAUAAUUGUAAUUAUGCAUUUGUGUGGGCGGAACCUUAAAUAAUAUACAUUAUAAACUAUAUAAUAAUUACGCUAAAAACAAACUGAUGACCUAAUUUAUGCAAACCAAAAUUAAUAAAAUUUAAUUUUUAAUGUGUCUUUCGUUCAAAGUCAUAAAUGAGAAAAAGA